GCAACUCCUCCCUUCUAUGUCUGCCGUCACGACCCACGACGAGCUUGGCCUCCGAACCGCAAACCCCUCCCUGCCUGAGCCUCCCUCCGCUAGGGUUUUACCCCGCCAUCUCGUGUGGACCAAGCAGCGCGCGGCGCAAGGAGGAGGAGCGCGCCCGCCAUGGCGUCGACCAAGGUGCAGCGGAUUAUGACCCAGCCCAUCAACCUCAUCUUCCGCUUCCUCCAGAGCAAGGCGCGCAUCCAGAUCUGGCUCUUCGAGCAGAAGGACCUGCGGAUUGAAGGGAGGAUCAUCGGAUUUGAUGAAUACAUGAAUUUGGUAUUGGAUGAUGCAGAGGAGAUCAACGUCAAGAAAAGCACCAGGAAAUCUUUGGGCCGCAUCCUCUUAAAAGGAGACAAUAUCACGCUAAUGAUGAACACGGGGAAGUAGCGUCGGUUCCCAGCGACAGCGCGUCUGAUUGCAAGGACCAGUAGUUAUCUUGGAAUGUGAAUUUGAGGCUGUAGUGGAUUUAUCCUUCUCCUUUGUGCUCAUCUAAACCAAGACAUUGAUCAAUCUUUGCAUCAGGUUUUGGGUGGCUUUGUUAGUCUGCAAGGUAUCAGGCGUUCUAUUGCUUCAAGCCAUCCCGCUUCAACUUUAGCAAGAAACAUGUUGAUCAAAAUAUUCGUGUUCACGGCAGCAGGAAAUAAAAUAUAUAUUUUUCA